AUGUCGCCACCGCUGCCGCCUCGCCGCAGCAGCAGCAAAGGCCGCGGGCGUGGGGGUCGUGGCCCUGAUCGUCGUCUCCUCGUCAGCAGUGACAACGCCAAGAAGCACGAGCGAAGCAGCAGCAGCAACGGCCACAAACGCAGUGGACGAGGGGGGCCAUUCCCCACCGCCCCUAUGGCCUCGUCCGUCUCGUCUGUCGCUCCGUAUACAAGACCCACGCGAGCCGUGACGACCGUCUUGAAGAAGCUCGUGGUGCGCAACAUCCCUCCAACCGCCACCGAGCCCGAGGUCCAGCAGUUCCUGCGCGCGCAUGGCGUCGACCUCGAGUUCGUCUGGCUCUUUGUGCCUGGCCGCACGCGCAGUAACAACCGCGCGUCGACGCCUGGGAGACUGUACUUGGACAUGAAGAAGGAGCCGGAGAAGGCUGCCAAGAUCAUUGCUGCGCUGCACGGACAGACGUUCGAGCGAGACGUCAAGGAGAAGGACGUUGGUGUCAAGUCUCUGGACGUGGAGUUUGCGCCGUUCCAGAGAAUUGCACGUGAAAAGCAGCGCAGCGACGCCAAGAAUGGGACCAUUGACCGUGAUCCAGAUUAUGUGGCUUUCCUGGAGGAGCUCUCUAGGCCGAAAGACAAACUACCGAGUGCUGAAGCAGUUGUGGACAUGGCAGAGGGCGAGACAGUGGAGAAGCCAGUGGCGGCGUUGGUCAAGUAUCUGAACGAACGAAAGGUUCACAGCCGUGACAAGGGCAAAGGAAAACCGGGAAGUAAAGCGCUUGAGAAGAAUGAGCGUCGGCAGAAAGGAAAGAAAGAGGUCAUCAGGAAAAAGUCCACGGAAGACAAGCUCAAGCCUUUAAAAGAUCGUCAAAAGAAAAGCAGCGGUGACGCAGCUAGUGUUCAAGACUCGAAAACCCGCAAGCAACGUGGGAAAGCAUCGCCGAAAAAAGGACCAGCGAAGCAAGAACCGCUUACAGCAGAGCCUGGUAUGCUACGUAUCAUGGCUCCCAAGUCUGGUACUGCCACUGGUGAUCCUGCUUCCACUCCCGCUACUACGGCAAGUGGACGUGCACCCUCUACCAAUGCUCUCACGGAACAUGGAACGGAAAAACGUGCGCCUCGAAGCGGCAAGAAAAACGGCGGGCGCGGACGCAGUAAUCUCAAAAAGUCCACUGAUGGGACCAGCAGUGCCGCUGCUGGCGAAGGACCGAACGGGAAGCCUCAUUCGCGUCUCAAGGCCAAAGUUGGUGGCAAGAAGGAGCAGAGCAAUAAGGGCGAGCGGAAGAAGAAAGUGUUUGCACCGAAGGAUUCGACUACGCAAGGAUGGCUGCACUGA